AUGCUGCGACAAGCAUUGGCACCGCUGGAUGUAAAUAGGGCCUCCAUCUCGCACGACCCACUCUCAGCAGCACCGCACAGGACCAGAGGCGGUGGUGGUAGCUGCACGACCAGCGCUGUGGCUGGCAUCACGGAUGGAGGCGCAGGUGUCUCGCAGCACCUGGAAUUUGCCAAGCACGGCCACCACACUCCGAAACGCAACAAGCGUCAGCCCCCGUCGCCAUCUCCGUCCAGUAAGGCUUCUGCGCUUGUGCAGACCAUUAGGAAACAGCAGGUGGGCCAGGCGAGGGAGAUGCAUGUGCCCGUCUUGGACGGCAUAUCGCCCCACACGGAUGCCACCCGGGUCUCCACCGAGGAACACGUGGGGCUCAACUGCAGAGCAGCCCACAUGCCAGUGCCGCAUGACAUCAUAGCAUCUCCUCUUUCGGCCACGUCUGCAACGCCGUCACCUCAUUCAGCAAGGGACACCGAGGUCGAAGAUAUCAAUCCUCAUCCUAGUGCGACUGCAGCCCCUUGCAAAUCAAGCGCGACCGUGAUGGUGACCGCGGCGCACCCACCACCCUCUAACAGGCUGAACGCGCCGUCGCGUCGCUCAUCAAUGGCGCGGCUGCGACAGCAAGUCAAGGCGCAGCUGAAGAACGUAGACGUUGCUGAGCCCACCGAUGACACGUCCCUGCCCUCGGCAUGUGAUUCUGAUGCCGUUGCUGCGGUGCUUCAAAACGGAGCAGCACAAGGAGAGGAGAUGGAAGAACAGCAACAGCUGCUCUUCCAUCAGCCAGCAUUACCGAGCACUCUCCUCGCCUUCUCGACGUCGACGGAGGUCGCAUCGCUCAAGGGAAGCAGAAUGGUCACAGAAGCGCUCGCCACGUCGGCGGUGCCCUCAGUCUGCGCCGCGAAAGUGCUGCCGCACGGCCUGCAGUCCCCCAGCGCCAUCACAGACGUCGGUGCAGCACCACUCGACUGCUCAGGGCUGGACACUGAGAAGAGUGAACCCGUGAGCAAUGUCAGCCCUGCACGACAUCACUAUCAGCAGCAGCAGAAGAAGCGCUCUGCCUCGUUGCUCAAACAGCGAACCGACGGAGCUGCUUCGAGUCACAUUAGAGGUGUGCUGCAGCCGAAUGCCCCUCUUCACGCGCUGCAGUUUGUGUCUUGCACUCCAGCGAACACCGUCGAGUCACCAUCACUGUUAAGCCGCAGCGAAGAGCCGCAUCACCUGCCCAGCCCGCACCAAUGUCACAGCCUCCGCGUCGACAGCGAAGAGAGCGCUGACGCGAACUUUCGACCGGGCAGCAGAGCGAACAGAGAAUCUGGCGGCACUGUCGCCCUACGCAGCCGGCCAGCGCGCACUGCAAAGGCAGUUGCCGGUAAUCGCCCCUCCACCUCUUCGCCGGUGGUGAGUGACUACGAGCUGCCAUCACUGAUCGUGUGCCCCUUCGCCUUCACGGGCUGCUGCGCCGAUGGCGUCCACAGGAGCGCCGACCUGCACAAAGGCUCCACGCUGCACCAUCACCUCAUGGCCGUUACAAAGUGUGUGCAGCGGAUGCGGGUGCGCCAGCAGGAGCUCGAGCGGCUGGUGCGCGGGCUGCAGCAGCAGGUGCAGACGCAGGCGCUGAUGCUUCGUGAGACGAGAGAGAUGGAAAGGGCUCGGCAGCGCCCUACUGCGAGCCCCAGCGUUCUGAUCAGCUCACGGGGAUCGUCGCUGGACAGGCAUCUUUGUCCCGCACCCACGCCGGUCGGUGGAACCCACGCGCCAAAUGCGCACAAAGGCCGCAAGGCGCUCCCGCGCGACGUGAGCAUUCGUGAGCCGCUUGUCACGGAAUACGGCAUGGGCGACGAAGGCGGUGACGGCGCUGGAAGCGACACUGGUGGCGGCUCGCCCGGUCGACGCGCACAACCACCAAACAGCACUCAAAUGCAGCACGGUGGGACCCACAGUGUUCGCAGAGGUGAGGGGGACAGGGAAAGUGCCGGACUGUACGCGCGUCAGGUGCACAUGCGCACCUCAGCAGGACAACAACGGUUGGUUAUGGUCGACGCUCCAUCAAGUACGAGCGUAUCACUGACUCCUGUGUGGCGUGGGCCGCGGUCACUGGUGAGUGCUGGGACGGCGGCUGCAGCCCAAAAGACGACCGCUGCAGAGGUGCAGGGGCUCGGCGGCAUGAUGGGACGUGCAACCGCAAUGCAGCAGACUCAGCAAGAGCAACAGCAAGGUAGCGCAAACGGUGGGGAACAAGCACCGAGCUGUACUCCGCAGCAGAAUAAUCUGUGGAGCGACGGUAUCGAGGACCUCUCCAGUGCUUUAAGUGAUGGGCUAGGCGAUGAUGAUGGUGUCCAGGGGAAGCGCUGGAUGCCAACAUUGUCAGCGCUGCGACUCUCCAGUGCAGACAACGGCACCGAAAGCGGCUGCUCACCGGCACGGCACGGCAGGUGUGUUGCGGCGCCCUGCAUGCACUACGGUGCCUACCCACAACAGCAGCCCGGCGCGGGGGGCAGUACCGAGGUGAGCGGGAUGAGUAACGUACCGCCCUACCAACUUCCAAAUGAGUCUGUGAGCCCAAUUAGAAGCGCCUCCCUAGACCUCGACGACCACGAGGACGACACUGACGCUGGUGCCAUGCGCCAGCAGCUCUGGAACCUGACCUCGACGGAGAUCCCAGUUGCUACCGGGGCUGACGAGAGCUGUAUCACCGGCCGCACGGGUCAGUCCUCUGUGCGUGCAAAGCGGAAGACAGACCUACAACUAUCCCCUGCUGCGUCGCCCCGUUCGGCGCCGUCGCUGGUGAGCGUGACGUACCGGCCGUCCGAGCUCGCCUGUGAGGAGGGCAGGUAUGAUGAGGACGCCGUGCAUUUGACAGGCCCAGUCCCACCGACAGGGGGAAGCGCAAGCGCGGUGGCCGCAGCGAAUCGGCAGGUGCACACCGACGACGCAUCGAAGCCUCCUCUUGUCGACGGCGUGCGGCGUGCGGCUCCCCUCCAGCGCCCGACGCUAGUGCGCAAGUCGGACGUUGUGCCGCCUCCCCCAACUGCGCGUGAUGGCGCUGAUCGGGCCAAGACCGCGCUGCCACCUGUAGCGCCGCCUUCCUUGAGCACUCUAGCGGCUGCGUCGGUUGCCACCGCCGCCACCAGCAUUCAGAGCAAGUCGGAUGUCAAGCGGCCACGGCAGAUGACCGCGCCGGAGAGCGGCAGCACGCGUGGGUCGUUCUCCGGCAUCAACUUCGACGCACCAUCAUCAACCCUAUCUCUGAGGGCAUCACCCCUGGUCGCAGCAGCCAGCAGAGGCCCCAGUGUGAAUCGCAGCAGUGGUCACGCCUCAUACGACGGCAUUUUAGUGGCCACACCUCUGCUGGAGCCAGUGUCCAAGCGAAGCUCGGUUUCGAAGAACCGCCUGUUGCACGCGCACAGCUACCGCAUCGACAAGGACGUGACUGGCGAUCAUAGCGGUGCCUUGGCUGGUAGUGCAGAUUACGCACUUGGCGGACCUGGCAGGAGCGGAGGGCGUCGAAGUGGAUCGCAGACACGCCGUGACGCAGUCAUGCGCCGCCCGUUGCACGCGACAAGUGUUGUCUCCCCGAAGGAGGCCGUCGAUCAGGGGGUGGCGGCGCAUCACCUGGGCCUCCCCCCAAGGCGGGGAUCAUAA